UAAAGUGAUAAACGUAUCGUUUCUGAGAAAAUUUGGGGCGGAUAUUAAAUUGCCGUCGUUAUAAAGUGUUUUUACUUGAAGCAGCCAUAUCGAUGUAUCGAUUUUUACAUCACGAAUGCAUAUAUAUAUAAAAAAAAAGAGCAUAUUUUAUUUCAAAUUGAAAACAAAAUGUGAAGGGGAAAGGAACUAAUUGAAGCAAAUAUUAAUUAAAAAGUUUCCAUAAUGUAUUAUUUAUAAAAAAAUUUGCUCGCAAUAAACUCUCUCGAAUACCUGACAUUCCUUAAGUUCGGUAAUUUAACUCUCUGUUAUUCAACAAAGUUAUUUCUUUACGUAAGAAAAGUGUGUGUGUAUCUGUUUACAUCCGUUGCAUGCUUGCUUUUGGUUCCAGACUUUUGGAUUUCUCUUUAUUUAGUGUAGUAGCUACUGUUAAUAUUAUACCAAACUAAUAGCUAAAGCAAACUUCCAGUGGUCUUUGAAAUGGCGAUUUCAAAAGUAAUACGAGUUUUAGAAAAAUCGCUUCCGCCCUCUCCAUACAGUGUCCUGUUGGAACAUCGAAAUAAAAGUGAGAGUGUACUUUUCGAAUCUCAUGCGGUAGCUUUAUUGUCUCAGCAAGAAACCGACAUUAUACGAAAAAAUUAUACUAAGUUAUGUGAUGCGUAUGGUUGCUUAGGCGUCCUGCAAUUGAAUGCAGGUGAAAGCACAGUGUUGUUCCUAGUUUUAGUUAAUGGCUGCAUAUCUGUAGGCAAAAGCUGUGACGUGGAAAUAUUUCGUAUAACACAGACACAAUUUGUGUCUUUGCAAAGCACUGUGAUUAAUGAAGACAAGAUUUCCGAGGUACGCAAGCUGUUAAAUUCUGGAACGUUUUAUUUUGCCCAUGUCAACCCGUCUUCAAUGAGCGUAAACAAAUUUGACAUUACCCUCUGCGCUCAAAGGCGUUUUCAAACAUCCGAAACUGACAAUCGAUUCUUCUGGAACAGAAUGAUGCAUAUUCAUAUGCUGCGGUUUGGAAUCGACUGUCAGGCCUGGCUCUUAAAGGCGAUGUGUGGAUCAGUUGAAAUUCGCACUGUUUAUAUCGGAGCUAAGCAAGCGCGAGCUGUUUUAAUUUCUCGCUUAAGUUGCGAACGAGCGGGUACGCGAUUCAAUGUAAGAGGCACUAACGAUGAUGGCCAUGUUGCAAAUUUCGUUGAGACGGAGCAAGCUAUUUACGUUGACAACGAUGUUACCAGCUUCGUCCAGGUACGUGGGUCUGUUCCUUUAUUUUGGGAACAACCAGGUGUUCAAGUUGGCUCGCACAAAGUAAAACUCUCCCGUGGUUUUGAAGCGUCAGCUGCCGCAUUUGAUCGUCACAUGUCUAUGAUGAAGCAUCGCUAUGGUUACAAUGCAAUAAUAAACCUGUUAGGCACCUCAAUGAUUGGAAGUAAAGAAGGCGAGGCAAUGUUAAGCAACGAAUUUCAACGGCACCAUGGUAUGUCGGCCCACAAAGGCGAUGUGGUUCACAUAGUUUUUGAUUAUCAUCAAGAGUGCCGCGGUAGCAACUUUGCUGCUCUGUCUAAGCUCAAAGAACGAAUCGUGGCUUGCGGCGUUAAUUACGGAAUUUUUUAUGCUUCUAAUGGACAGAUCUUGCGUCAACAGUUUGGUGCAGUUCGUACAAAUUGUCUGGAUUGUUUGGACCGAACAAAUUGCGUGCAAACUUUCUUAGGCUUAGACAUUUUGGCUGCUCAAAUCGAAAUUCUGGGUUUAGCAGAAAAAAAGCAAAACAUAUCGCGAUUCGAAGAAAUAUUUCGCCAAAUGUGGGUAAAUAACGGUAAUGAAGUUAGCAAAAUCUAUGCAGGCACUGGUGCCAUACAAGGUAGUUCAAAAUUAAUGGAUGGCGCCCGGUCAGCUGCUCGAACUAUACAAAACAAUUUAUUAGAUAACUCUAAACAGGAAGCCAUUGACAUUUUAUUAGUAGGUUCUACUCUUAACUCUGAGCUUGCUGAUAGAGCUCGCAUAUUAUUACCAUCCAAUAUGCUCCAAGCGCCGAUCACAGUAUUGCGAGAAAUGUGCAAACGAUAUUGUGAAUAUGUUAAAGAGCGAAUAGUUCGAAUUGCGAUCGGUACAUAUAAUGUAAACGGUGGAAAGCAUUUUCGCAGUGUUGCCUUUAAAGACUCACUAUCGGACUGGCUACUGGACUGUCAUGCAUUGGCACGGUCAAAGACUCUAGUGAAUGUAAAUUCUACUUCAGAGGAUUCUGAUAAUCCCGUAGACAUUUACGCUAUAGGAUUUCAAGAAAUAGUUGAUCUCAAUGCGUCGAAUAUAGUUGCAGCCAGUACCGACAAUGCUAAAUUAUGGGCAGAGGAACUGCAAAAAACGAUUUCUAGAGAUAUUGAUUAUGUAUUAUUAACUUACCAGCAGCUGGUGGGUGUAUGUUUAUAUAUUUAUAUUCGCCCCGAACACGCUCCCUUUAUUCGUGAUGUGGCAAUCGACUGCGUUAAAACUGGACUUGGGGGUGCAACGGGAAAUAAAGGGGCUUGUGCAAUACGCUUCGUUUUUCAUGGCACUUCAAUGUGUUUUGUCUGUGCUCAUUUUGCUGCUGGUCAAUCGCAGAUAGCAGAGAGAAAUGCCGAUUAUUCCGAGAUUACUCGGAAGCUUGCUUUUCCAAUGGGUCGCACACUUAAGUCACAUGAUUGGGUAUUUUGGUGCGGCGACUUCAAUUACCGAAUCGACAUGGAUAAAGAAUCGCUAAAGGAUGCAAUUAGUCAAGGGGAUUUAGCCUCUGUUCUCGAAAAUGACCAGUUGCGUAAAGAGCAGGAAGCAGGCAAUGUCUUCAACGAUUUCCUGGAGGGUGAAAUAUCAUUCGAUCCUACUUACAAAUACGACUUAUUUAGCGACGAAUAUGAUACGUCAGAAAAGCAAAGAGCACCGGCUUGGACGGACCGCGUAUUGUGGCGGCGGCGUAAAGCCUUAGCUGAAUCCGAUUUUGUAUCUACGGAAUGGAAUCCGGGUAAAUUAGUACACUAUGGACGAUCCGAAUUAAAACAAAGUGAUCAUCGACCAGUAAUUGCUAUUAUCGACGCAAAUGUCGUCGAAAUCGAUCAAAAGCUCCGAAGAAAUGUCUUCGAGCAAGUAAUUAAGGACUUAGGCCCACCAGAUUCAACUAUUGUAGUUCAUCUUCAGGGUACACCGGCAUGUGACGGCAGUCUAACAAUAUAUGAUGAAAAAGUUAUGUCUGGGCUCAUACAAGAGCUUUCUAAAAUGGGUGAAGUAACACUUGUGCGUUACGUUGAAGACACCAUGUGGGUGACAUUUCGUGAUGGAGAGUCUGCCUUAAAUGCGGUUUCAAUGAAGUGUACGAACGUAUGCGGUCUAGACUUAAAAUUUCAAUUAAAAUCACCUAAUUGGCACGAAUACGUUAACAAGGAGAUCGAAUUAUGCACAACAAACACAAUCGCGUUAUGUGCUAACCCUCAAGAACAUGCCGCAUUACUAAAUUUGACACCGGAAAUACCGCAGCGCCCAAAACAGCCACGCGCACCUGCACGUCCGCCUCUGCCAAUGUCACCAAAGAACUCGCCGCGACAUUUGCCUAACGCUGGCGUGAUAAGCAUUUUACCAGAUUCAUUCCAGCCUAAACCAAAAAGAUCACCUAUACCAUCGCAGAUGCAACAGCAAGUUCAGCCGUCGACCGAAUUACCUUUGAAAAUCCAAGAUACGCCUGAUCAAGUUUUCAUUCCAAACUCAUCGUCAAACAAAGAUUCAAAUUCGAUUUCAGUGGGAUCAUCUUUACCAUCAUCACCUUCCCAUCAAAACCAAAGCAAGAAUGGAAUUCCAGCAUCGACCCCGUUAAAACAUUUCAAAAAAUCUUCCGUUGAUAGUGAAAACGACACUUUAUAUAACCAAGGCAACAUUUACGAAGAAAUUAAAUACGAUGAUCCCGUCCCACAACAUCCUCCUCCAAUUUUUCCUCCCCCAAUUGAUUUGAAUGCUGUUGAAAACCCAGCUUCUCGCAUACAUGACUUACCAACUAACAUUCCCGCAGGCCCGCCCCCUCCUUUACCAGCGCGACGUCCACCGCCGCCAAUCCCGGACAGAAGCGGUAAUGUAACACUUUUGCCAAGUAGACCAAAUAACAAUUAAAGCAAGCAUUCCUAUGAAUAUAAAGCUGUUUAUUAAGUAUUUUUGAGAAAAUCCGUGGCGUUAGGCCAAACGUUAAUAUUGAUAUCGCCCUAAAAUUUAGUUUCAUGUUAUGUUGAGAGUGUAAAAAACCGAAAUUUAGUUAAGUUAUUCAAUCUAUAAUAUAAAAUAUCUAACAAAAGCAACA